GUGUGGGCAGGAAGAGAGCGCGCGGUGGCCACUCCACGAACACAGACAUUGCACAAGGUUCAAAAAGCGGUGGAGCUCAACAUGUCACAUUUCUAAUGCUGGGUCACGGUCGGAACCCAUCUUACUCUCACACUGAACUUGCGAAUUUGGGCUGAAAACUGCGUCCAGAGGCACAACGGCGUCGCUGCCUUCGGUUUGAAAUACAGCAGGGCUGCUAGCGGACGGGGAGCGCUUUCGAGAGGAAUCAGAGACGAGAGAGGGCUGUUUUCAGAACCAUGAGAGAAUACAAAGUAGUGGUGCUCGGAUCCGGCGGAGUUGGAAAAUCCGCAUUGACUGUGCAAUUCGUAACUGGAUCUUUUAUAGAGAAAUAUGAUCCCACGAUAGAGGAUUUCUACCGAAAGGAGAUCGAGGUGGACUCAUCUCCUUCCGUUCUGGAGAUACUGGACACGGCGGGGACCGAGCAGUUUGCCUCCAUGAGAGACCUGUACAUAAAAAACGGGCAGGGCUUCAUCCUAGUCUACAGCUUGGUCAACCAACAAAGCUUCCAAGACAUCAAACCAAUGAGGGAUCAGAUCAUUCGGGUGAAACGGAACGAGAGGGUGCCGAUGAUUCUGGUCGGGAAUAAAGUGGACCUGGAGGGCGAGAGGGAGGUCUCGUCCGGGGAGGGGAAAGCGCUUGCGGAUGAGUGGAAUUGCCCGUUUAUGGAAACUUCAGCCAAAAAUAAAGGCUCGGUGGACGAACUGUUUGCAGAGAUUGUCAGACAGAUGAACUAUGCUUCAGCACCAGGUGGAGACGACCAGUGCUGCUCGUCCUGUGUUAUUAUUUAAAAGGGGAAUCUGAGUGAGAGAAAAAAAAUCGUUUUUUUUUUAAAGUUUGCAAAUGGUUGUGUUGCAGGGAGGCUGUACUGUUGAGUUCUUCUUCGUGGCUCACCCUGGUCUUGGACAGAAUGAGGGGAGGAAUUCCACAGGGGAGGAGGGGAGUGGCCUUGCAGGGAGGGCUGGGGCCACUCUUCAGGAAUUCCACUCAGCUGGUGUUUCUUUGCAGCAAACUCAAUGUACACCAUUGAUGUCAACAUAAAUGGCAGAUCUAGAGAUCAGCUGAGUUAGAAACCCCGGUCUCUUGCACAUUCAACUGUAACACAUCCCCAACAGCAAAGACUUUGAGACUGGGACCUGAAACGCUAUGGAUAUUUCUUUUUUGAAAAGUGGAGAUGACUAGAAAUGUAUAUUUUAUUAAUUGCUGCACACUUGUUGUUUUUUUGGGGGGAGUUGAGUGACAUUUCUCCCACCCUCAUGGAGUCAUGUUCUGUGGCCACAACACACAAAGUUGAUGUUUUUCAAAGUCAAUGAUGUAAGAAUUGGACAGCAUUUUUGUGGAGUGUUAUGACGAGUGUCACUCACUUUUUUUUUUUUCUCUCCUUCAACGUGUGCGAGGACCUUACUUUAGUGACGGACGGACGGCGACCCGACCACCCUCGCAUCGAGUGCCUUUCCAAAUAAAUCAGCUGUUCAAAUUCAGUGCCAACCAGAGUGUCUCCACAAGAAACCCACAACAUGGCAAUCCACAAAGUUCCUAACUGCUCUGGAUAAUCUCUUGAGGGUGGGAGAAGAAGAAACAAUGAAACAAAAAGCCUUUUGAUAAAGGAAUGGUGGUUGUCUUUUUCAUUUUGGCCUUUUGAAAACUAAGUUUUUUUUUUUUUGUUGUUGCAAUUUCUCUCAUGGGUUUGGCCAAAUGUACAUUGAAAUACACAGGUACUGGAACCACUUGACCUAACCACACCAAACGCUUCUUCCAGACCACUUACAUCAAAUGAGUUCUAUGUUUGUUUUUAAAAGAAAAUGUGAUGUACCAUUGAAAAAAAUCUAACCCGAUUGUAAGUUUAAUUUCAGACCUUUUAACAGCUGUCUGUUUUGUUUUCAAAAUACUUUUAAUACAAAUUGCAUUUUUCUAAGACA